AUGCUUCAAGGCUUCGAAUGGUAUAUUCCUGAUGAUCACAAACACUGGGCAAGAUUGAAGGCCGCUUUGCCCAAGCUCAAGGCUGCUGGCAUUGAUAAUAUCUGGAUUCCACCAGCCUGCAAAGCAAGCAGCCCAUCGGGAAAUGGCUACGAUAUCUACGAUCUAUAUGACUUGGGCGAGUUCGACCAGAAAGGAGGCGUCGGAACCAAGUGGGGAAACAAGAAAGAGCUCGUUGAACUCUGCAACGAGGCCAACAAGAUUGGCGUUGGCAUCUACUUCGAUGCCGUUCUCAAUCACAAGGCCGGCGCAGACAAGACCGAGCGGUGCAAGGUCGUAAAGGUAGAUCCUGAGAAUCGCAACCAGAAGGUCUCGGAUGUAUUCGAGAUUGAUGGUUGGCUGGGUUUCGAUUUUCCGGGGCGGGGCACCAAGUACUCUUCCCAGAAGUACCACUGGUACCAUUUCUCUGCAACCGACUACGAUGAUGCCAGCAAGGAGACUGGCCUGUAUCAGAUCCAGGGCGAUGGCAAGCAUUGGGCCAGCGAUGUUGAUACAGAGCACGGCAACUACGAUUACCUCAUGUUUGCAGACCUGGACUUCAACCACCCAGAGGUCGCGGAAGAUGUCAAGAACUGGGGAGUUCACGUGGCCAAGGAGUUGAAACUCAAGGGCAUCCGCUUCGAUGCGAUCAAGCACUAUUCCGAAGCCUUUCUUUCGGAUUUUAUCAGCCACCUGGACGAGCAGACUGGUCAGGGCUGGUUCUUUGUUGGCGAGUUCUGGCACAUGUCUCUGCAGGCCCUCAUAGACUACCUGGCCAAGAUGGACCACAAGUUCAAUCUCUUCGACGCCCCGCUUGUCGAGAACUUUCAUCGCAUCUCGACUUCCUCCGGCGCGGAUAUGCGCACAGUAUUCGACGACACUCUGGUCAAGGCAGAGCCGUAUAACGCGGUAACGUUGGUCAUGAACCACGAUACGCAGCCGUCGCAGGCUCUCCAACUGGAAGUGGCCGACUGGUUCGUGCCAUUGGCCUAUGCUCUCAUUUUACUCCGAGAAGGAGGCUAUCCCUGUCUCUUCUUCGGCGACCUCUACGGCCUUCGGGGCGGUGUUCCCAACGACUGGCGCGAGCCCACUGCCCAAGGUAAGGUGCCGGAUCUUAGCCUCGCUCGGAAGCUUUUCGCGUACGGCGAACAGAACGACUACUUUGACCAUCCUAACGUCAUUGGGUGGGUGCGGCGUGGCACAUGGGACCAUCCCGACGGCGUUGCGGUGGUCAUGAGUAAUACUGAGCCGGGUGAGAAAAGGAUGUUCGUAGGUGAACUGCAUGCCGGCGAGGUGUGGACGGAUGUGCUGGGUUGGAACGAUCGAGAGGUAAAGGUGGGAGACGAUGGGUUUGGGAUGUUCAGUUGUGGAGGGUGUAGUGUUGGCGUGUAUGUGAAGCGGGAGGCCAAGGGGAGGGAUAUGUUUGGUAAGUUUGAUGCAAAGAUAUACUAA